AUUUUUUUUUCGCACAUUCAGCACAAUGACUGAUGUAAUGCUUCAAGUACAAGCGCCGAUCUCUGUAGAAAAUCCGGAAGACAGUGAAGCGGCGCAGUCGAUUGAAUGUGACGGAUUUUUUAUGAAAUGUGUUGUUUGUGAUAAGUCUGUUCAUGAAGAAGCUCCCAUCUUUAUGCCUUGCUUACACGUCAUGUGUAAAGCCUGUUCCCCGGAAACGAAUGACCAGGCUUUUGUCAUGCGCCUGUGUGAGCGAUGUUCGCAGCCCUUUGAUAUGAGAGAUACAUUGCCGGCCGAAGUUGUUGAUUACAUCUUAUCAGCGAAUGACCGAUGCAUUAAGAGACCUUCUUCAAAGACUGCAAGUGGAGAAAAAUGCGAAGUCGUGGCAUCGAAAGAUGAAGCUAUGUGUGAAAUCCAUGGCAAACCAACUGUGGAUCGCUUCUGUCAUUCAUGUGGCGUUGCGAUAUGUGUUUCAUGUCUGGAUGCGCAUUCCUCUCACAAUGUCAUAGUGUUACGAGAAGAGGUCAAGGUCACGGAUGAAUAUGAAGAGGUUUUGAAAGCUUGCGAAAGCGUGAGACAGAGUCUUCGGAGUGAUUUUCAACUCUUGCGGGAGAACCAGCUUCAGCUUGAUCGUGGCCUUGAGAGGGCGACAUGGGGAUACGAUGAGGCAUUACAGGAAGCCUCGGAAGCGCUGCAAAAACACGGAAAAUACUUACUGCACAAAGUGUCGGACCAGAUUUUGGACAAGUUGUCAGCAUUCGGCGAUCGAAAGACAUUGUUGGAAGGGGAACUCGCUGAGGUUCACAAGACAUUGUUGGUGGCUGAGUAUUUCAAGAAUAAUGCAUCUCCGGACACCUGGGCUAGAAUGGAAAUUGCUCCCAUAUACUUCACAAAAUGUCUGGAGAAGCGGAAAGAAGUUGCUGCAAUGUUGAACUCCGACUUCGAGAAGCCUAUGUUCAAAGUUGUAUCUGAUGUACAGAGCAUUGUUAUUGAUUUAUUGGAACAGCUGGGAAGCUUCAACUUCUUUGCGAAUGGGAAGCGACUGACAGUUUUCCGAACCACUCCGGGUGGACUGUAUCCUCAGGAAAUAUUUGAAAGAUCGCUUGUUGAAGAGCAGAAAGACGCACUUAGUGGCAAAAACGAUCAUCUGCGCGACCAUAUCUCUGUUCAAGAAUUUCAAAGAAUAUCUUCGGCUGGUGCACUGAAACGCUCUGGUUCCAUAGCACCCUUGAAGGUCCCUGAUGAUGUAUUAAUCAUUGACCCAGCCCAGCCCUCGGGUAGAUCAACUGUCGCAAUUCCUGCGGAGUCAAUAAUUAAUAGCUCGCAGAUUGUAGUAGGAUCACCGAUGACCAGUGGUUCCAAGUUCCGGCAUAUUCUUCCAUCGCCAGCAUCAGGGGUUCAUCUUGUCAGCAAGAGUAGUAAUACACCCAGCAGACUCGCAAAUUGUUCCAACGUACGAAUCAUCAGUCCCACUCGGCUCACCAACGGAUCAUGUUCGCAAAUGGUUGCUGGGGCAAAACGACGUAUUAUUUCGACGAGCUUUGCCGCAACUCAAGGAUACAAGGUGCUGAAACCAAGAUCAGUUGAAGCUUCUCCUGUGGUUGACUCAUCUGGCACCUCCACAGAGAAAGCUGAAGAACCUUGUGAGUCUCCCCUGGUUGGGUUGGUUCUGAAGCCUGCAAAAGAACUUCCUGCGUUGCUUCCAAUUCCGCUCGAGAAUCCGACAGCCGAACCGAUGCUGAUAGAUCUGGUGGACGACGAUGAUCAUACCUCCAUUCCGCAGUUGGAUGAAUGUCACAUUUGUCGGAAGAAAAUUGAGGACGUGCAGCCAAUCAAAUGUUUCGUUUGCUCUUUGGCGUUUCAUGCUGACUGCCACGUGCCGAAGAUCAACUCAUUGUUGCUGUCAACCUUCAGCGCCAUGGUCAGAGUGCUAAGAGAGAGGAAAAGCUUGCCCUGCGACGAAUUUUUCUGCGAUUUGUGUCCAGUCAUGGUGUCUUGGCAAGACGUAAAUAAUUUGGUGAGUGAUGAUCUGUCCAGGGUGAUUCUGAAGUCCUGCAGGGCACCUAAAGAUUGUGAUGCCUUUCUGACGUUUGGUGUCGAUGACCGCACUGGCAUUUUUCCUGAAGCUGCACUGCAACUGAUCCAGCGAUUUUCAGGAACGGUGAACCCGGAGGGACUGAAGCUGUUCGCUGCGAAGUACAAUAUAAAGCUGGUUGCAGAAAGCAGGAAAUUACCAGAAACGUGAGGAAUUUUUCAAGAAGGGUUCAAGGCUUUCGGCUGUUCUCAUCAAUUUGCUGAAACCAUAAUUUCUAGUAUUUCAACCACUCGGACCGAGUGCGUUUCUGACACAUUUUUCAACUUUUUUUUAUUGGUGAUGAGGAAUUUUAAGAAAAAAGCAGAUGCGAUUCUUCGGCAGAUGCAAUUGAUUUGAGUUGUUCGCGUUAUUUUUCGACAGGACAAUUGUUUUUGGAUGCUGGUUUCUUUUGUAAUUUCCGCCAAGUUUUCAUUCGGCAUGGAAUUGCGUUAGUCAUUACGAAAAUGUUAUGGAAAUUCGUUUGAAACACUUUGCCAAACAAUUGUCAUCAACCCAUAUUUGGCAUUUAUGAAGAGGAUGGUUCAAGAAGUUGGAUUUAUUUUUUUAAACGGGGUUUUCCUCAUUUGUGUCCAUGUUGCCUGUUCCAAAUGAAUUGCAAUUUCAAUGAAUCCAGAAAAUUCUUUGUCUUAAAUGCAGUGCUCAAGAUGACUGCAACUCCUUCAGACUUCGCAAUGUAUAUUAUGUGGAGAAAAGUAGCAGUUGGGGAUACAGUAAUUUACUUGAAGUUACAACAA